GAGAGAGAGAAGGAAAAAGAAAGUAUGAAAUGAAGAAGAAAAUCAAAAUCUACGAGCAGAUGCCAGAGAGAGGGGGUUUGAACGGUCAAAAGAAGAGAGAGAGAGAGGAAACACAUAAAUGUUAGGGCUCUUUUCUUUUUUAGUUCGUUGACUGUCUGUCAUCAAAGACCGCCAAAUAAAGCAGAGCCAACAAAAAGCAGAAGCAGAUUUUCCCAACCCCAACCCCCCCCCCCCCUCUCUUUCUCUCUCUUUCUCCCCUUACCAGAAGGCAAGGUUGCUCAAGAAAUUCAAGAAAUUUGGGGCUGAAAUCGGUUUGAUCAGUUGAAGACACCGUAUGUUGGCGAUAGAUUACGCGCAUCCGCUACGCCUAUCUCCCGGCACUCCUGACUUGAUCGCAGCUAAGUUAUAGAUUUUCCUAUUGAGUUGAGACUUGCAUCCGUGGGAGGCCUGUUUAUUCUCUGGUCUUCAGUAGAUGGCUUCAGUGAACAUAGUACCUUCAGCUGCUGGAUUAAGAGAACCUAGUGCAGCUACUGUUAAUGCUGAUACACUUCCUGAUGCGAUGAAUGGCAUGAGAAUCAGGGAUGACAAGGAGGUUGAAGCUACUGUGGUGAAUGGUAAUGGAACAGAGACAGGUCACAUUAUUGUUACAACUAUUGGUGGCAGUAAUGGCCAGCCAAAGCAGACUAUUAGCUAUAUGGCUGAGCGUGUUGUUGGAAAUGGAUCAUUUGGAGUAGUUUUCCAGGCUAAGUGCUUAGAGACAGGUGAAACUGUUGCAAUCAAAAAGGUCCUUCAAGAUAAAAGGUACAAGAAUCGGGAGCUGCAAACCAUGCGUCUUCUGGACCACCCAAACAUUGUCUCUCUAAAACACUGUUUCUUUUCAACGACUGAAAAAGAUGAACUGUAUCUUAACUUGGUACUGGAGUAUGUCCCUGAGACCAUUCAUCGAGUGAUUAAGCACUAUAAUAAGAUGAACCAGAGGGUGCCCAUGAUUUAUGUGAAGCUAUACACUUACCAGAUUUUCAGAGCACUUGCAUACAUUCAUGGUGGCAUUGGAGUGUGCCACAGGGACAUUAAACCUCAAAAUCUACUGGUUAAUCCUCAUACACACCAAGUGAAGUUAUGCGACUUUGGGAGUGCCAAAGUUUUGGUUAGAGGAGAGCCAAAUAUAUCUUACAUCUGCUCCAGAUACUAUCGAGCACCUGAGCUUAUAUUUGGGGCUACCGAGUACACCACAGCCAUAGAUGUCUGGUCUGCUGGUUGUGUUCUAGCUGAAUUACUUCUAGGACAGCCUCUCUUUCCCGGUGACAGUGGAGUUGACCAGCUUGUGGAAAUCAUAAAGGUAUUGGGGACCCCAACAAGGGAGGAAAUCAAGUGCAUGAACCCUAACUACACAGAGUUCAAAUUUCCACAAAUUAAAGCUCACCCAUGGCACAAGAUAUUCCACAAGCGCAUGCCUAUGGAGGCUGUAGACCUUGUAUCAAGACUAUUGCAAUAUUCUCCUAAUCUUCGAAGCUCACCUCUCGAGGUUUUGGUACAUCCUUUUUUUAACGAGCUACGUGACCCAAACAACCGCCUUCCAAAUGGGCGUUCCCUCCCUCCACUGUUCAACUUUAAGCCCCAUGAACUUAAGGGAGUGCCAAUGGAGAUGCUGGUGAAAUUGAUCCCCGAGCACGCGAGAAAGCAAUGCGGCUUCCAUGGGUCAUGACCAUGUUUCUUUUUUCUUCUUUUUGGCCCUUUUGUCUCUUGUGUAGUUAUGUUCUGCAGCUUGCAGAACAUGAACUACUAAAUGUAGAAAAUGAGCCUGCUAGUUGGUGGUCUGUUCCAGUGAUUUUGUGGAAGCUAUUUAUUUGUUUCUUCAUAACUUGUUGUUCUACCUUUUCUGGCGUUCUCUUCCUUCUUUGUAGGAGGAGAAGAAAAGAGCUUCUGUAAUAUUCUCUCUUACAAGUGGUAAAUGGGCAUGCUGACACUUGUGUUUACAUGAAAACAGAUAUUACAAUAUUGUACUAAAAGCAGAAGUAUAUUGUAUUGCACGUAAUUGAGCGUUUGAAGAUUGCUGUUUUGUAUCA